CGGAUAAAUGAUGGAGCAGGGAAGGUAUUGCACACACUGCUCUCAGGACAGACUUGGGUAUCCUACAGAGGCAUCAGAUGGCAGUACUGGGGCACUUGCUGAAGGGCUCUGCCCGGCUGGAAGGCUUAGCCAGGGGUUUCCACCAGUUCCCCAAGAUUCAGGCAGCUGGACAGGCAUUGGAGCAGGAACAAGCGGAGGGAGAGUUGGGGGCCAGAGCCAAGGAAGCCCCAAUGAUGAAGAGCCUUAAGGACAUGCCCGGACCCAGCACCCUGGCCAACCUGGUGGAGUUCUUCUGGCGUGAUGGGUUUGGCCGCAUCCAUGAGAUUCAGCAAAAGCACACGCGCCAGUAUGGCCGGAUAUUCAAGUCACACUUUGGACCUCAGUUUGUGGUUUCCAUCGCUGACAAAGACUUGGUCGCCCAGGUGAUCAGAGCAGAGAGAGAUGCCCCCCAGAGGGCCAACAUGGAGUCCUGGCACGAGUAUAGAGAAUUAAGAGGCCGAUCCACUGGACUAAUUUCUGCGGAAGGGGAGAAGUGGUUAAACAUGCGAAGUGUCUUGCGGCAGAAGAUUCUCCGGCCAAGGGAUGUGGCCAUGUAUACUGGAGGGGUAAAUGAGGUCAUUGGUGACCUGGUAAAGAAGAUCCACAAACUCCGAGCCCAGGAAAGUGAUGGACUGACUGUGACCAAUGUUAAUGAUCUGUACUUCAAGUACUCCAUGGAAGCUAUUGCCACAGUCCUGUAUGAGUGCCGCCUUGGGUGCUUGGAUGACAUAAUCCCUCAGCAGACCAAGGAAUACAUUGCAGCUCUGGAACUCAUGUUCAGCAUGUUCAAAACAACCAUGUACGCCGGCGCCAUCCCAAAGUGGUUACGCACCAUAAUUCCCAAACCGUGGAGAGAGUUUUGCAGGUCCUGGGAUGGACUCUUUAAAUUCAGUCAGCUCCACGUAGACCACAGAUUGAGGCAGAUUGAGUCCCAGCUGGAUAAAGGGGAACAGGUACAAGGGGGAGUUCUCACACACCUUCUGCUAUCCAAAGAGUUGGACUUGGAAGAGAUUUAUGCCAAUAUGACGGAAAUGCUCCUGGCUGGUGUUGACACGACUUCCUUUACUCUUUCCUGGGCAACAUAUCUGCUGGCAAAGAACCCCAGUAUCCAGGAGAGCGUGUAUCAGCAGAUCGUGCAGAACUUGGGAAAAGACCAGGUUCCUACCGCAGAAGAUGUUACCAAAAUCCCCAUGGUCAGAGCUGUUGUCAAGGAAACCUUGAGACUCUUCCCUGUCUUGCCCGGGAACGGCAGAGUGACACAAGAUGACUUGGUUUUGGAUGGAUAUUUAAUCCCUAAAGGGACCCAGUUGGCACUCUGUCAUUAUUCCACAUCCUAUGAUGACAAAUGCUUCCCGGGAGCAGAAGAGUUCAAACCGGAGCGUUGGAUACGCAGUGGGUACCUGGAACGGAAGGAGAACUUUGGUUCCAUCCCAUUUGGCAACGGAAUCCGCAGCUGCAUUGGCCGGAGAGUCGCAGAACUGGAGAUCCAUCUGUUGCUGAUCCAGCUUCUUCAAAAUUUUGAGAUUAAGUUGUCACCUGAAACAAUGACUGUUCUCCCAAAAACCCAUGGGCUUCUGUGUCCAGGGGAAAAGAUCAACGUGCGUUUUUUGGACAGGCAGUGAAAAUAUCCAGAAAAGAUCCCAAAUACCUCCCUACAUCCUUCCCAAAGGCUACGGCCAUUGAGGGACGAUUCCUGGGGAAUAGAUCUCUGUGGCUCCCAAGGACUGUGCACUUCCCCCACUGAUUGCCAGAUAUUGACAUAGGACGGACAGUGAAGCUUCUCUUUGUACAUAGAUGUGUAUCUUUUAGCCAAUGAAACUGCUAACAUGCACUUUCACUGUACUGCCUCGGCCAGUCGCAUGCAGCCCAGAUUGAAAGGUCAGAAUUUCAAGAAUUGCCUUAAUUUCGGUGUCCAUGGCCAUGAUGGAAUGGCUGGGUGCAUAGAGUAACACUGGUGUCAGCACUAUAUCACUAGUAUUUAUAUGGUAAGUCUCAGCAACUUACUCUGUGCCUCUUUAACUUUUUCUCCUUUUUUUCUGGAGAGGUUACCAUUGAUUUUUUUUUUGCUGGAUUAAUAAUAAAAUUGUAUUAAAUGCCCA